AUGGGGAGACCCAAGCCUAUCGCCGCCUCCAACGCGCCAACCGAGCCGCGCAACUCCGGACUCGAGACCAUCGUCGCGGGCGUCGUGUCCGGCUGCGUCACGCGCUCCUGCACGUCGCCUCUAGACGUGCUCAAGAUCGUCAUCCAAGUCAACGGGCCCGCGGGCUCCGCCGAGGCCUCCGUCGCUGCGGCCACCACCACGACGUCCCCCAGACCAGCUAUGUCUACGCCGUCCACACUCAUGGCCGCGCGCGCCGUCGCCUCGCGGCCGUCGGCGUCCUCCGCCAUCGCGCGCACCGUGCGUGAGCUGUAUGCGCUCGACGGCGUACGCGCCUUCUGGCGAGGCAACAGCGCCGGCUGCUGUCGCCUCGGGCCCUACGCGGGCCUCAAGUUCUACCUGUACGACUCGCUGCAGUCGCGGUUCGCGGCCAAGGAGGGCCGAGAGCUCAGCAACUGGCAGCGCGCGCUGUGCGGCGCCGUCGCCGGUCUCAUCGCUACCAUGGGCACUUACCCGCUGGAGGUCGUGCGCACCCGAAUGAUCUCGCAGACGACGGCUCCCGCCGCUGCCAACAGCGAGAUCCGCGGCGUGCUACAGGGCGUGCGCCUCAUCCUGGAGCGCGAAGGACUGCGUGGCCUGUACCGUGGCGGAUGGUCUGGCGUCGUGGGCGCCAUUCCGUUCGAGGGCGUGCAGUUCGGCUGCUACGAGUACAUGAAGCUGACAGCCAUCCGCCACCAGUGGCCGGCCUACCGCUGGCCCGAGGGAAAGACCGAGAUGGACGGACUCGACUACUUCGUCUGUGGCAGUGUCGCCGGGGCUAUCGCCCAGACGGUGGCGUAUCCCUUCGACACGGUGAAGAAGCGUCUCCAGUCCCAGCAAGUGCACCUGAACGUGUCCUCUGUGGGGCCACUGUCGGCUGAGGGAGGCAGCCCGUCGACGCUAUACUACCGCGGCAUGGUGGACUGCUUCCGCAAGGUCAUCCGCGACGAAGGUCCGCUGGCGCUGUACCGCGGCACGGGCCCCAACCUGGCGCGCAUCGUGCCGUACGCCGCCGUCAUGUUCUCGACGUACGAGACGACCAAGAAGACGCUGCGCGUCCUGAGCGGGCGCGAGUGA